AUGCUCGCCACAGCGAUGCUACUGGCAAUAAUCAUACUGUUAUUGUUAUAUUUAAGCUGUCAAAAACCAAAAGGAUAUCCACCAGGUCCAAGAUGGUGGCCCAUUCUGGGCUGUGCAUUGGAAAUAGCACGUAUCCGUCAAGAGACUGGAUAUCUCUUCAAGACUUGUUCGACGCUUUGUAAGAAAUACGGUCCUGUGGUGGGUCUGAAGAUUGGCCAGGACCGCAUCGUCAUUAUGAAUGAUCUAGAGAGCAUACGAGCAAUGCUGACCAACAAGGAUUGUGACGGCAGGCCAAACGGACCAUUUUAUAAAGCCAGAACUUGGGGUGUCACACUGGGUCUUCUCGUAGUAGAUGAUAAACUAUGGGUGGAACAACGGCGUUUCGUCAUACGACAUUUGCGAGACUUUGGCUUUGGUCGUACCAGCAUGCUCACAAUCAUCGAGGAUGAGGCAUUAAAGCUGGUGGAACAUUUCAAGAAAAUGCUUAAAAACAGCUAUAAUUAUGAAACUGCUGAUGCACGAAAAAUGACAACGAUAAAUAAUAACAAUAUUGGUCAGAUAUACAAAUUGCAGAAAGAUCCAAAAGACAAACUGAAUAAAUUGAAGCUAUAUGACGAAUUUCAUGUACUCAAGGAUAAAAUCUCUGAUCAUAAACCUCGUACAGUGGCGGACUUGUAUAUGAAGGCCGAAGAUUACGCGGAAGUCAGAAAAGUCUGCCAAUCUGUAGGAAUGAUUAUACCGAUGCACGACGCCUUUGGUGUGACUGUAUUGAAUACCCUUUGGAGAAUGAUGGCUGGUAGAAGGUAUGAUGCUGGCGACAAGGAACUUACGCACUUACAACGAAUCCUCACAAAGCUUUUGAAUGAAAUUGAUAUGAUCGGCGCGCCUUUCAGUCACUUUCCAUUUCUACGUUUUAUCGCGCCGGAAAUGUCCGGUUAUAAAGCAUUUGUAGAAACACAUCAGGAACUUUGGGCAUUUUUAAAAGAAGAAUUGUAUAAUCAUAAAAACACAUUUUUAUCAAACGCACCGCGAGAUUUGAUGGAUGUCUACCUGACUGUGCUAAAUUCAAAAAAUUGUAGCGAUACAUUUUCUGAGUCCCAGUUAUUGGCGAUCUGCGUGGAUCUCUUCAUAGCGGGCUCCGAGACAACUUCGAAAGCACUCGGCUUCGGAUUUUUAAAUCUAAUAUUAAACCCGCAGGUUCAGAGGAAGGCACAUGAAGAAAUAGAUAGAGUUACUGGCCGUAACAGAUUUCCCACAUUGGCUGACAAACCAAAAAUGCCAUAUGUUGAAGCCAUCGUGCUGGAGUCCAUAAGAGUCUUCGUUGGCCGCACUUUGAGCGUCCCACAUAGAGCGUUAAAAGAUACUUUUAUCGUCGGUCAUAAGAUACCAAAGGAUACAAUGCUCGUUGCAAAUUUCAAUAGAAUACUCAUGGACGAAUCCUGGGAUGAUCCAGAAGACUUCCGGCCAGAGAGAUACCUCGAUAAUGAUGGCAACAUCAUUACGCCAGAUAAAUAUUUUCCUUUCGGCAUUGGUAGACAUCAUUGCAUGGGAGAAACAUUAGCUAGAAGCAACAUUUUUAUCAUAACAGCCACGCUGCUACAGGCAUUCAGCUUCUCGGUGGUACCCGGUGAGCCACGACCAACCACGCAAGACUUUGUGGAUGGUGUCACGGCUGGUCCUAAACCGUACAGAGCAUUAGUUUCUUUGAGAAUGUAAAUUAGACAUUUGACCGAAGCAUUAUUUCUAUACUGAAUCUUGUCUCAA